GUUAUUGUUCACAAAGCGACAAUACGUGGUGUCUAGCCUAUUGUUCUAGCUGUGGCCGCUGUGAAAAAAGGUUCAACAGGACAAUAGAAGGCGAUAGAUGAUAAUACAAAGUCACUUCACAUGCGGCGUGAUGAUGAAGGACAAUUAGCAGACGCUUUCGCGCACGAAUAACAGGAAGCUCUUUCCCGUCGUGUCGGACGCUUGUGUAAAGACGUUAAAAGGCUUGUAAAAGGUGCAACUACGGGGCCUACCCCAAGGUGGCUCCUGAGUCCCUGCACCUCUUCGCCAUCGUUUCUACCAGACUUAGGUGCCCAAUAUCAAUGCAGGCCACCGAAAGCAGUGUACAGCCCGGAACUGAUGCCACCGGAAGCAGUGUACAGCCUAAAAUAUGGUGUCGCUCCUCGCUCAAUUACCGUUGUUCUUUAUACCAACAAGCUCAACGGAGAUAUUGGGUGGAGGGGUCUUUGUACACUUUCCUCGGCGAGAUCUUUUUCCCCCUUUGCAAGCAGAUGCCCCUCAGUGGCAAUGGUUCUUGUAUGCUCGGUGCCUUUCAGGACCCCGUGACAGCAAACGAUGUGCCACCUCCUCCCAGGAAAGCUAAGAAGUUGAACCCAGAGGUCGCGAACGUCUCGGAGGACAUGGAGAAUGCAGAGGACGUAGAGGAUGUGGAGGAUGCAGAGGAUGCAGAGGAUGCAGAGGAUGCAGAGGAUGCAGAGGAUGCGGAGGACGCGGAGGACGCAGAGGAUGCGGAGGGCGUGGAGGUUCUGGAGGCCCUGGAGCUCCCGGAGAGCAGUCUAAUCCCAGACCCAUCUAAGAGACAGGGAAAACUUAGUGUCAGUAUCCCAGACUUUUGCUUCUAUCUUUCUCGGGAGGAAGAAGACUCAACAGCUCUUGGGGGAGAGACUUGGGAAGAGAUGGGCUACUAUGUAGAGUCGAAGCGACUCUGCGUCCCGGACUGGACCGCUGCGGGUGUCGGGCAAGAGUUUGUUUACGAGGUCAAAAAGGCCAUUCCUCAGCUUGACAAGCAAGCUAAACUCAUGUUUGACCGGUACCCAUCGGCCAAGUUUAUGUUUGCGUUUCUCACCAUUGGGCCGAAGUUCAAUCUGCUUCAAUACACCUCUCGCCCCUUGGCCUCGGUUUCAAACAGAACGAACGAGCAUGGACUCAAACCGCCCCAGGUUGUGAUCUGGAACACUUUCAUUUUUGAAGACUUGACGCUCAAAACACUCAACCCGCUAUUCUUGUAUGCCAUCGAUCUAAUCACGCUUGAGUUGGGCCUCGACCCCGCACUUGAUCUCAUUCCGCCGCAGCUUACUGAUAUACAAGAGGGAGCCCGGAGGACGGGGCAGGACACUGUCAACAAAGCCUCCAACUCGAAUGUACAACUCCGGAAUCAGGUCAAUCACAACAUGGAGUGCGCGCUGCCAGACGAUCCCCUGCCAAAGACCAGGGCUGCAAAAGAAGAAGCCAAGGCCUACUCAGGGACAAAGGUCAAGGCUUAUGUAAGCGGGCGUCUCGUCAACGCACGUCGCCGCCGUAGUCUUUUCCCUCAGUCUUCGUGUUCGACACUCGGGACUGAGGUUAGCUACAACAAUACAGUCUUCGUGUUCGACACUCGGGACUGA